AUGUCUUCCGUUCUGUCUUCCGCUGCCGCAAGCGCAACCGCAUCAUCAUGCUCGACCGCCGACUUCACUCAGUUUCCCACACAAGACGUUGCCUGCGCAGUCGGUAGCACCCAGGGCAUCCCCAGCAACACAUCCGACGUCCUCAAAUCCUGCUGCAAGUCUGCGCCCGUCGAGAGCUUCAACGGCGAAUGCGGCUGGUAUUGCCUGUCUGUUGAUCAGGCAGUUGCGGAUCUAUUGUCAUGCUUCAUGGAGGGCGGUGUCUCGUCAUCAAGCGUCUUCUGCAAUAGCAACAAUACGGCCACAGCAACGAGCAAGCCUGACAAGACUGGCAGUGCAACUGCGAGUGGAACAGGCAGCAGUACGGGUGCGGAAGAGAGCAAAGGUGCUGCACCAGCAGUAUUUGCGCCCCAGGGUGUGAGCAAGACUGGGCUGGGGGUGCUAGCUAUGAUUGUGGUGUCUACGUUUGCGGGUGCAUUGUUGUAG